GCUACAACAUGUGAUCUGGGUCACAUGACAGAGCGUGACGCGCUAUCGGUCAGCUGUCUUGUUCGCCGAAUGAAGCCAAACUGUGUGUGAAGUCCCAUUUUAAACUAGACCCAGACUGCUAGAUCAACUAAGACAAGAUGGACAUCCGAGGUGCUGUGGACGCGGCGGUCCCGACCAACAUCAUCGCUGCCAAGGCAGCAGAGGUUCGGGCCAAUCAGGUCAACUGGCAGUCCUACCUCCAGGGUCAGAUGAUUUCUGCAGAAGACUGUGAGUUCAUCAAGAAGUUUGAGGUGGCUCACUCUGAGGAGAAGCAGACCAUCCUGACAAAUGAAGGCCAUCAGUGUGCCAAGACCUUCCUAAACCUGAUGGCUCAUAUAUCCAAGGAGCAAACAGUCCAGUACAUCCUAACCUUGAUCGAUGACACCCUGCAGGAAAACCAUCAGAGGGUGAACAUCUUCUUCGACUACGCCAAGAAGACCAAGAACACGGCCUGGUCCUACUUCCUGCCCAUGCUCAACCGCCAGGACCUCUUCACCGUCCACAUGGCUGCAAGGAUCAUUGCAAAGCUGGCAGCCUGGGGUCGUGAACUUAUGGAGGGCAGUGACCUCAACUACUACUUCAACUGGAUCAAAACUCAGCUCAGUUCCCAGAACCUUCAUGGUACAGGUCCUGAAUCAGGCCUUGGCGCAGGGACUAUUUCCCCCAGUGAAAGCUCCCAGUAUGUCCAGUGUGUGGCCGGGUGCUUGCAGCUCAUGCUCAGGAUCAACGAGUACAGGUUCGCCUGGGUGGAGGCUGACGGUGUAAACUGCAUCACGGCCGUGCUGAGCAACAAGUGUGGCUUCCAGCUGCAGUACCAGAUGAUCUUCUGCGUGUGGCUGCUGGCCUUCAGCCCCCAGCUCUGCGAGCAGCUCCGGCGCUACAACGUGGUGCCGGCGCUCUCCGACAUCCUGCAGGAGUCUGUCAAGGAGAAGGUCACCCGGAUCAUCCUGGCCGCCUUCCGGAACGUGCUGGAGAAGUCCGGCGAGAAGGAGACCCGCCAGGAGUACGCCCUGGCCAUGAUCCAGUGCAAGGUCCUCAAGCAGCUGGAGAACCUGGACCAGCAGAAGUACGACGACGAGGACAUCUCGGAGGACAUCAAGUUCCUCCUGGAGAAGCUGGGAGAGAGCGUGCAGGACCUCAGCUCGUUUGACGAGUACAGCUCGGAGCUGAAGUCGGGUCGUCUUGAGUGGAGCCCGGUGCACAAGUCUGAGAAGUUCUGGCGGGAGAACGCUGUCCGCCUGAACGAGAAGAACUACGAGCUCCUCAAGAUCCUCACCCGGCUGCUGGAGGUGUCUGACGACCCCCAGGUCAUCGCCGUGGCAGCCCACGACGUCGGGGAGUACGUGCGCCACUACCCACGUGGGAAACGAGUGAUCGAGCAGCUGGGAGGCAAGCAGCUGGUGAUGAAUCACAUGCACCAUGAGGACCAGCUCGUCCGCUACAACGCCUUGCUGGCCGUGCAGAAGCUGAUGGUCCACAACUGGGAGUACUUGGGCAAACAACUGCAGUCCAGCGAUCAGCAGCAAGCCCAAGCCGUGGCAGCGAGGAGCUGAGUCAACGGUCGCCAUGGAUAUUUAUGCGUAGGGGCGUCCGCGGAUGACUGUGUUUCUGUGUAUGUGAAGAGCCCUCGCUGUCGUCGUAAUAAGCAACCGUUUAUUCAUUCCAUUUCGUGUGGGGAAAGGCAGGGGAAAGGGGGGUGCACCGCGCCUCUCUCUCUCUC